AUGGCCGAGAGAGCCAAGUGGAAUAUGGCGCUUGAGUGCAUUUACACAGUCGACGAACGCAGGGAAGCUUUCAAGGAGACACGAUAUCUUGAUUUCACUCCAAGGCAGCUUACCUCUACCAAAUCUGUAUCAAGAAGCCAAUGGACCCUUAUCGACGGCGAGAAGGUUUAUCAUCUUGGUAGGCAACUAGGCAUUGCCUAUGCAUGGAAUUCCAUCGCUGGAAAUAACGCUCAACUAGCAUAA